AUGUAACGCUUUGCAAAUCCGCCUCUCAGGCACGUAAUUCGCAGGAGCUGCUUUGCUGCUGCUUCAAAGAGGCAGUGCCUGCAGUAUUUAAGAACUCUGAGGACCAGACAAAGGCAGGUGCCCUAGAGGUACAAACUGCUCUUAAGAGGUGAUUUGCCCAUCCACCAGCAGAAUGGUAUCUUUCAGGAGUUGUGUGAUUCUCUGACCACCUCCUAUGGGAAGUGCGUAAUUGUGGUGAGGGACAAAAGGCAGCCAAUGCAUGUAGGGGCAAAAGAUGGCAAGGAGCUGGACACAGGAACCCUGCCACCAGUCCCACCAGCGAUCUACGUGUCUGACAUUGAGUGUUGCCCUGAAGUUGCUAGAGCCAAUGGCCAUGACCUUCUUGUUGGGACUUUGUCCUACAACUAUCUCUAUCCUAUGGACAUUGCCAGGUCUUCUUUGAAAUGAUUUAUUAUGAACAACAGGAAGGACUUUACUCUGAGGUCUGUUGAGAGGACCCACUCCUAUAGGUGUAUCCUCUCCAGUGACUUGAUUGUUAAAGGAAUAGAGAAGAUGACCCCAAACAAAUGGAAGGUAGUGAUUAACAGAAUGAAGAGAUGGAAGAACUGCUACCUUGACACAAUUUCUUAA